UGAGGUGAUCUCACAAUGUUUAGUGACAGGGACACCUUUCAUUUGUCAUUUAGCAAGCCGUGCUGCUGCAGAGCUGAUCAGAGUAUCCAGGACGCUUCAUUCUUACUGUUCUGUGGAGAAAGAAGAAAAUCAAUACCUUCAGGCAUGGAUUCUUCAAGCUUUCAUCAAGAUUUGGGCAUGGCUGUUGCAUACGAGAUCCAAGAUUUUGAUAAAGAUGAAGACAAAGAUGACCCUGUACAAAUGUACAAUAUGUAUGAAAGUCAUUUCAGGAUUGUGCUGCUUGGAACACCAUGGGUUGGGAAGAGUGCAGCUGGAAAUGUAAUACUUGGUAAAAGGGAAUUCAUGCAUGAAAUCAGCACAUCACAUGUAAUGAAGAAGACAGAGCAUAGACAAACUACAGUAGCAGGGAUAAAGAUCACUGUAGUUGACACACCAGGUUUCUUGGAUCCUAACUUGACCUACGGAGAAUUUUAUACAGAACUUAUAAAAUGUAUUAGCUUAUGUUUCCCAGGGCCACACGUUUUUUUGCUUGUGCUACAGGAAGGCCAAUACAAAGAAAAAGAAAGAGAUGCAAUGGGUAAAAUUAUGCAAAUUUUUGGUAAUAAAAUAUAUAACCACAGUAUGCUCCUCUUUACACAAAAUCCUCAAAGACACCAUCUUGAUGAUUCAUUAGAAGAGUCUGGGAGAGAACUUGCAAAGCUUAAGGAAAUGUGUGGGAAUAGAUACCACACUCUAAAAAUGAAUGACCUGAAGGAGCGCAGUCAAGUGAGAGAACUCUUGAGCAAAAUUGAGGAAAUGAUAGAAGGAGAUAUGGAGAACUACUACAGGAAUGAGACAUACCUGCCAUUAGAACAAAAAAUUCAGAUGAAAGAAAUAGAGAUAAGUAAGCUCUAUAAAGAAAAACAGGGACAGAUGACACAAAAGUAUACACUUCAUCUUAAGAAGACAAUGAAUCUGGAAGAAAGUAAAGAAAAACAAAUUAAAGCAUAUUAUAAAGAAAAAUUCAACAGACAAAAAGAGCUGCUUGAAUUUCAGUAUAUGAUGGAAAACAAAAUAAAACAAGACCAAGUGGAAAAUGAGUUUCAGGAAAGAGAAAAAAAACUAAUUAAGAGCAUGGAGGAGGAGAAAAAAGAAUGGCAAAAAAAAGAAGCAGAGCUAGCAAAGUCUUUUGAAGAAAAACUCGAGAAAAUGAAAAGUAAUUACAGAGAUAAGAUUGAACAGGACCAACUCUGGAAAGAGAACCUGGAAAGAAACAUCAAGGAAGAGUACCACUUAAAAAUGAUGGAGUUAAAACAAUACCUGCAGGAUAAAGUGGAAAAACUACAACUGGAGUUUGGAGAGAGGCAGAAUCAGACUGCUGAAGAAAUGCGACAACUCAAAGAAAAAUUAAUCAGCACAGAAGAAAAGCUGAAACAUGAACUUAGACAUAAUGAAAGAAAAAAUAUGGAGAAACUAGAGAAAGAUAAUGAAAAAUGGAGAAAACAAGUAGAGCAGAUUAAAGAAAAGCACAAGCAAGAAAAGUUGCAGUUGGAUAAAGAGUGGAAAGAUAAGUAUGAUAAUGAAAUCAAGAUGGCUGAAGUGGUGCUGAGAAAGGAAACGGAAAAAAAACAACACAAGAAUAAAAAUCAGCUGAAAAAGAAGCUUGAACAGGAACAGAGGAAAAGAUUUAAGAAAAUGAAAGCUGAGCAGGAAAUAAAGUUAGCUGAGCUGAAAGAAGACCUUGAAGAGCUGCGCAAGACAACUCAGGCUGUACAAUGGGCAUUGAAGAAAGACCAAAACAACAGCAAGGAAGAGACCAUCGAUGAAAAGCACUUGGGAAAGCACAGUAAAAAAGGGAACACGACAAUGACAGAGCAACUGUUUCAACAUGAUAAUAUAAGAAAAGAAACAAACGAUGGACUUAAAGAAAAUGAAUGCAUACAAGGGACCUGGAGUGACCUAGCUGCAGGAAUAAACAAACUAGAGCCCUGUUCAAUAUACAAAGAAAAGCAGAAUAAAAAUGAACAAGAGGAGAAAACAAAAUUUCAGAAGAAAAAGUCACAAAAUGCAAUAAAUAUUAAGAAAGAAGAGGAUCUGAAUGAAAGUGAAUUUGAAAUGAAGUCCCAUUUUAAAGAGGAACAUGAAGUUAAGAAAGGAACUAUGAAUCAAUAUUUGCUGAAAGCCUUCUAUGAUGACUGUGAGCUGAACAAAACCAAAGAAAUGAGUCACGGAGAGGAUGGUGGUAAUGAGCCUGAUCUGUUUGAAAGGUUCAAUCCAUUUCACCAAAUUUACAGUGACACAACUUGUGGAGAAUUCAAUAGUACAAACAGCAACGAAACAGAAAAUCAAGAUACAUUUACAGAUGAUGCAAUGAUAGAGGAUGUGAAAAACAGAAUCCAACAGUUAAAAUUAUUGUUGAAGAAAAAAGCGCAAGGUCUGUUGCAGUUUGGAAACUCUAUUGAUGAAAAGUGUCAUGAAUUAAGACAAGCACAUGAAAUUCAAAUGGAGCAACUAGAAAAAGAAUUCAAACUUAACAUGGAAAAAGAGUUGAGUAAGAAAGAACAGGAAUUCAGGCAAAUGCUAGAUGCUAGGCUACAUCAGAUGGAAGAAACCAUUAAACAGAAAAAAGAUGAGGAGCUGUUAUCAAUGAAGCAAGGCUUAGAAAAGAACUUCAGGCAGGAAGUGGAGAGGAAGGUGAAACAUUUGCAAGAAAAUCUUUUAAACAAAACAAUUAGAAAAGUGAAUGAGUUGCAACUAAACUUAAAAGAGGGACUAGAGCAAACACUAGAGCAUGAAAUUUGUACAAAAAUGAGCAUUGAUGAAGAUGGCAAUGAGAUGGGCUCUGACAAUGAUACACAGACUAUUAAUUUAAGGAUCGUCUUGCUUGGGGUGGCGCUGGCAAAGAAGAGUCAAGUGAAAGACUUAAUACUUGGCAAGACAGAAUCUAAGUUGGAAAUUAGCUCAGCAGCAAAAACAAAGAAGUCAGACAGCAGAUUUGCUAUAGUGGAAGAAAAAGGGAUCACUGUAGUUAACACACCAGACUUGGAUGACCCCAACAUAUCCUAUGUAGAUUUUUACUUGGAAAUGAAAAAAUGCAUUAGUCUGUGCUUCCCUGGACCCCAUGCUUUUCUGAUAGUAUUGAGAGAGAACAAAUUUGAAGACCAAGAUAUAAAAGCAAUCACGUUCAUUGAGGAGAUAUUUGGAAACAGAGUGUUUGACCAUUCUCUGGUGCUCUUUACAAAGCACACUAUUAUGAGCAAGUUGUCUCAAGAGGGUUUGGGAGAAACAACAAGAGACAUUCAAAAACUUGUGGACAGAUGUAAGAAGAGACAACACCUUCUUAACAUUGAAGACGUCAACAAUGACAGUCAGGUUGUGGAACUCAUCAAAAAAAUAGAGGAAAUGAUAGGUGGGAAUUUGGAAAACUGCUACAGGGAUGAUGUGCUAUCAAUAAGAGCAGAAGGAAUUAAUCUUGAUUUAACACAAAUAUUAGAUAAAAUAGCAAGGCGAAUGCAAACUGAAUACAAUUCACAACUAAUGCUGAAAAUUGAAGAAUGGAAGAGAAAGCAGGAGAUAGAAGAAGAAAAAAUGGAGCAAACAUUACUAGAAGAAUUUACUGGAAAAGAAGAAUGGAUGAAACAUGAUUAUGAAAGGAAAUAUCAAGAAAAAAUAGAGAAAAUGAAGGACGAGUUUCAACAAAAAGAAACAGGAAUGAUUGUAGAGCUAGAGGAAACAUGGGGAAAAAAAUGGAUUGAAACAGACAAGGAACUUACACAAACUUAUAAACCAGUUGAACACAGUGCAGUGUCAAGAGAAAACAGGAAACAAUUUUUGAAAAAUGAAGAAAACAAAACUGAACAACUCAGAAAUAGAAACAAAAAACACAAACAAAAAGAGAAAAUGAGAAUAAGUAACACCGAACAAAAAACACUAGCAGACAAGCAGAAAAAUGAGGAAUGGGAAAAUGACCUUCAACAAUUCCACCAGUCGCCUGAAGAGGUAAAUAGUGGCAUAUCUGAGACUGUGUGGAAAGAAUGGGAGGAGGAAUGGAAGCCAAUAAAAGACGGAAUUCGACACAAACAUGAGGAAGCCCUAAUUUGGAGGAAAAAUGUAUUCAGGGAGAAAAUUAAAGCCAUAUUCAACGAGAAAGAAAAGGAACUAAAACACUCUGGGCACUCUAAAAUAGGCUCAGUAGGGCAUAUUGUGUGUUUGUGCUUGUUUUUUGCUCUUGUUUUGUUCUUUGUCUGUUUGUGUGAGAUGAGGAACAUGCCAUUCACACCAACAUAGCUCAACAUCAUUACUCACAUAUCGUUAGCAAAAUAUCAUCUACAAGUUCUGAACAACUCAAAGUACUAAAAUCCAUCACACUACUCCACAGCUUCUUUUCACAUACAUGAACAAAUGUGUGUAGAAAUUUCAGUUU